UGUCACUAUGGUGUUGCAUGAUGUUGUGAUUGAUGCACGUUGCUCUGUGCACACUGGAUUUGCACAGCGAGCAGUAUCGUGUUCCCUUUGGCUCAAAAAUCCAAAAUAUGCUGCUUACCUGCAAAAUAAAGAAACAGAUUCGCCUCACAGACUUCCUCACGCUUUUAUUUUACUCAUUUUGUGGUUGCAUCUAUGGUUGUGCUUGCUGGUUGCUUUGGAGUUCAGCUAACCAGCUAACAUGUGGCAUAAGGAAAACAAAUCACCUGGCAUGGCUCUCAUCCUGUGAGUAGGUGUGACUGCUCUGGAGCAUGAAUUUCUCUGAAUGGAUGAAACAGUAAGAAACAUUCCUUUGUUCUUCUAAGAUGUCAGAAGACUCAAGUGCCCAAGAAAGGAAAGAGGACUUACCAUUACCUCCUUCAGCAAGACAUCAGCCAGAAUUAGAAGAAAGCUGUAGGACUAAUUCUCCUCAACCUAUUCCGCCCCAGCUUUCCAAAGAAAUGUUAUACCAACAGAGGCAGAAAUGUGAACUGAGGCGUCUCCUGAAGCACACCCAUCCAGAGCUGAAGAUGCUGGAUGAUGUUGUGGAUGAAGAGCUUGCUGAAGUUUUGAGCUCAGAGAGGAUGACAGCUGACGAAACCGGAUACGAAGGAGAGGUCCUUUCGAAACGCUUGAUAUUUGAGAACUGUGGCUCGAGUAACAAAGUGUCUCACUACACCCCCAAGAUGCACAUGGCAGGGGGAAGUGAGAAACAAUGUGAUUUUAGUAAAACGCUGGCUGUUUUGGAGGAAACAAAAGAAACGCCUCGUGCAGAAAGUGCUAAAGAGGUUAUGGAAGCUGUAAAAUCUCUUGGUAUUAGUCCAGACACUGACAGAGAGUGUGAGGAUUUGACGGUCAGAAUAGACGUUCAGGCUACCAGAAGAAUAUUUGAGAGUCAGUCUGUGAACAUGUCUGGGCCAAAUCUGGGUAAAACGUUCCAGGGAAAGGUUUCUAUUAAUGGGGACGAGACAAAGGAAGUCCAAAAACAAAAAAAGCAAUUUGAAAUGGCUUGCAGUGAGAGUAUACAAAGAAAAAACGAAAGCACAAGCAAUGAUUUAGAAACAGAGCCCCGUGAACAGCCAUGUCCUCAUGUCAGUCAAAGAACUGAACAUGACUUCUCAUGUAACGAUGAGUUUUCCACUGAGGAAGCACUCUUUGAAGAGGACUCUGUAAGCUUACCCGAUUUGGAAAAAAAUGAUGAAAUUAUUAAAACAAGGGCAGCUCUUUUUCAAAACAACCCCUUUAUCUCCACCAACAUACAGAGAGAGCCCUCCGUUGUGCAUACAUCAAAAACUCAAAUCAUAAGCGGUGGUGGUGCAAGUGAGGACAACACGACCACCAAUGUUAAAAACAGAACCCAUCUUUUUGAAUCAAUGCCAUUUGACAAAAUCAGACGUCAGAACGAGGAUGAAAUUGAGACAAUGGUGGAGAACAUCAAGGAAACGCUGAAUUUCCUGUACCAGAUUAGAGUCGUCCAAUCGGUUGGCUCUAUCAUUGAGGUCAAUGAGACAAUGAUUGCUAAAAAAGCUAAGUUUACACUAUCAGAGAGUGGGCCUGAGAUAAAACAUGACGAGGUGGCUGAAGGCGGUGCGCAAAACUUCAUACUCCAGUUGCUACCACGGGUAAACCUAAAACCUCAGGUCACUUACCUAAAGGAGGACAGCAAAGGGGGUAUCGAGACCACGGCGGUGACGGCGCCUGUUCAACAGCAUCAGUUCAAUGCGAACAAGGACACGGAGUUCAGAACUGCCAGUGUGGUUCAGCUUGUUGAGGAUAUUCUCAAUCAAGAUAACUCUCUGAGAAAAGGAGUGGUAAUCCAAGAGGAUGACAACAACUGUGCCAAAGUCAUUGUUUACUCCCUCUACAAAUACCAUAAUGAGAAGGAUGUGAAGAGCUUCGUCCCUCCAAAAUGUGCUGAAUGUGAUCAAUCAGAGCUGGAAAGGGGUGACAUGAGUAAAACAGGCCAUAAAGAAAUAACAAAAGUUGCUACUAAGUCAGUCAAAGGUGAACUACUUGAACUCUCUCAAGAACAAACAUGCCCAGGAUCAAUAACACCUGAAGGGAAAGUAAAGGGGAGUGUAAAACUAUUCAAAAGCUGCAUUGAAAAGGGAGAUUUUGAGUAUUUAAAAAGUCUUCAGGCUGAGGAAGCAGUUCAAGAACUCCCUGAAAACCAAACUAUGGCUGGACAGGAAGUUCUUCAUGAAAAGGAAAGUGAUCAAGUGGAGGAAACUACUGAGUGGGUACCCGUGGAUGUAAAGAGACUUAAAAGCAUGUUCUCUGGAGACCCGAGUCAACACCAACCAAAGAAAAAGAUCCACAAAAAUAUAUACGCAGGUCAAAAUGUUUCUACAGAAUGCAGUUCUGGGGUAUCAUCUCAUGUGCAGGAAAAUAAUGCAAGCAGUGAAUGUACUGAUGAAGCACAAGAGCAAGCACGUUAUCCCAAAGUUGCGACGCAGGAGUCCUAUGAAAAUUUUGAGAGGCAAGAUCACGAGCUUGGUGCCCACGAAGCUCAAUUAGUCGAGGUGGUAGAUGGGAAUGAAGAGAUCUGUAACCUCAAUACUGCAAUCCAAAGUCUCCAACAGGCCACAAGUGAGGCCAAGUCACUGUAUCAGUCAUCACAAGAAAAACAAAAAGCUAUUAUUCAGGAAUCCUCUGAGGAACUCUUUCCCUCGGUUACAGCAGAUACUGUGAAACGCUCAAGAGUAGAAGAAGAAUUUUCUCAAGAAAACUUCACCUCAGCACGUAAAAUAGAUUACCAGCACAAAAAUAUUGAGACAAGCGACAAAGAUGCUACUCCUGAGGAAACACACGCUCCUGAAUCGUGCAGCAACAAAGGUCAGGAAGGUGCAGGGGGGGCGCCGAAACAACCUUUAGAAACUCCUAUGGUCACUACACAAAGUUUGGAAACAAGUCCUGCACAACAGGAGGAUGAGGAAGUUGUUUUUCACGGUAAAAUUAAAGCAGCUUUGGAAUCCUUAGAAAGAUCUAACGUUAAUGUCACAAGAGGAGAUUUUAAAGCAGCUAUGAUAUACAGAAACUCUUCAAAGCCUCACAGAGAAAAAGCACAACACGUGGAUGUGGUGUCUAUUCAAAGGACCAGUACUGAGGAGCUUUUCACUGUGACUGAAACUGAAGCAAGUCAAAUAUCAGUGAAACAAGAGGCAACUGGAGCAAAUCCAGUGCCUCCACACCAAAACAAAACCCAGAGUAACCCAGCAACGAGACGUGUUUUAGAGAAAAGCAAAAAGCCUACUGGUCCAAAACCAGCCAUUCCACCUAAACCAGAACAUCUGAAGGAGAAACAAAGCAAUAAUGAGUCAACCCAAAAUAAUACCGGGCAAUCUAAAGAAAUGGUUCCAACACUGAUUUUAUCUGAGAAUAAUUCUGAGCAAGACCUGACUAAAUUUAAAAGUGGCACAUGCAUAAAAUCUGAUUCAGUUCAACGUCAUCAAACAAAUCGGCCUUUGGGUGAGGCUAUGUGGAUAUCUCAGGAAACUAAAGUCAGACAUGGAAUCCAAGGUGAUAAGAAAGAAACUGAUAACAUAGAUAAGAAUAUUAUUGUUGGACAACAGCAGAUGAAUGUCAAGGCGGAGGAGAAAAGAACCCAGGAUUUAGCAGCCAAAAGUGAUACGAGUGAAACAGAUGAAAGUCACAUAGAUUUCCAUGAUGCAUUUGAGAAAUUUGGAGGUAAAAAGACAAAGACUGCCCCUGUAAAGCCCAAAAGACUGAAAAUCCCCCAACCAGACAACAAAAACCUAAAACCAGUGGCUGGAAAUAAAGAAAUGUCUGUUCUUGCACAUGUGGAUCCAGAUGUGGUAGAAAUUACAAGCAAUCAAUCAUGUGACACCUGUGGAGAAACCGCUGACAGUCAAGACAAGCAUGAGAAAGAAAUCAAGAGGCAAGAAAGCAAAGUCGAGAUGAGGGAAAAGAAAGGGCGAACUGAGACUGAGGACGAGCGCCGACAGCGACUGUCAGUUCACAUGGAUGAGAUCGUGAGAGGGAACAUACCAGCAGCAAUGGAAAUAUUUGACAACUUACGAAAACAGCAGGAACUGCAGAGCUUUCUGAGCCGAGUUGAAGAAAUUGAAAAAGACACAAGUGAGGUUGAUGUAAGGUCUCUGAGGAGAGUAUUUGAGAACGUCCCCGAUUGGGUUGUCGGCUCUGACAAAAAGAAACAAAACAAGGUCAGAGCUGACAACAAAGACGAAAGGUUGCCAGUAGCAAGAGAAAGCGCUGAAAGCAAGUCAUCGAUGGCACACGUUUUUGGAGAUCUUGAGCGAGCGAGUGUGGAAAUCACGACUCUUAAAGAGCAGACUUUAGCCAGAAUCCUCGAUGUAGAGGAAGCCAUAAAGAAGGCACUUUAUUCCGUCUCUACACUGAAAUCUGACUCAGAUAUUGCUGGUUUAUCACGCCUGUUCAAAGAAUCUUUUGGAGGUGUACAAGGAUCCCCAUCCUCUGGCGGUGUUAAUAAAAUUAGCAUUGGGUCAAGCAGAACAAAGUCAAUGAAAAGUGCUACCAUGCAGGGAAACACAACUAAUUCAGCUGGGCAAGAUAUGAGCACUGAUGAAGCCUCCAUCAGUGCUCCAUCUUCACCUGCGUUUAUCACUAUCCAAUCAGCAGCUAGAAAGACAGAUAAAACCGACCUGGCACCACCAGAAGCUUUGAUCUGCCCGACAUGCCAGCAGAGCCAAAAGCUGGAGGAGACUUUUCGGACGACAAAGACGCUGAUAUGCAACAGCCCUGCUCAAAACAGAAAUGACCCACGAAAAGCAGAACAAUCCACCUCCACCCCACUCAGUCCUCGACAGGUCAGCAUGCUCGAGGUUCAGACAGACUGUGACGGGAACAGUGUCACAGGAACAAAAACAGUCACCGACAAACAUGAGAAGACCGAAUGAUCUGAGACAAAGUUUUACUCUUCCAAGACUUCCACUGUGGUCAACUCUCAGCCAGAAACAGUGACAUCGUCCACAAGGCAGGUCGUAAUCAGUCCAUCUACAAUUCAGGUCACCACAGACCCAGAAGUGAAGCUGCCAAUCAAUCAGACUGAUAACUCGGUGCCCGAAUAGGAGCACGUUGGCAGCGUUUUACCUGUUGACUGUGUAUGAAAAGAGAUCAAUUACAAGGCUUAAAGUUUUGGGGGUUUUUUUGUUUCUUCAUAAGUUUUUUUUUUAAUUUCCUUAUUUAAGCUUUUGUAUCUAUUUUGAUCUUAAAAAUUGUCUUUGUUUUGCAUUUCAAAGUAAAAGUAUAUAUUUGAUUUUCACUUCUCAUUUCACUCUGGUUUACUAUAAAUGCUUUUGGUUUUAAAAAAAAACUUUUCCACUAAGGUCAGUCUUGUUUUUUUU